AUGGCCGUGUGUUUUCAGGAAUUUGUUAGCUAUGUCAGCCUGAGUAGUGAUGAACCAACCAAUAAGGAUUUUGUACUGACAACGGAUAAUGAUAUUUUUGUUCAAAAAAUAACAGCUGCAACACCUACCGAAGACGAAAUCAGUGUAUCAAAUAAGCCGGAUAUUGGUGUUGAAGCAGCGUCACAGAAUGAGUUCAACACCGCUCUAUCCGAUUUUGACUUUGGUUUUCAGACGUCCAGCUCAAAGGUUAUUUCAAAAAAUGCUGUCUUCAUAAAUGUUUUCAAAACCCAAUAA